CUUUGCAUCAAAAUGCUGAUAGUCGAAAAGACGACUGACUACCCUUCAGCUGAGUACUCCCUGGUGGAGGAUGUAGCCCUCCACUUCACGUGUUUGAUGGACAGACUGAACGAGCAGCGCCUCUUUCAGCCGGACCUGUGCGACGUGGACAUCGUGCUGGUGCAGCACAAGAGCAUCUUCCCAGCGCACAAGGGGGUGCUGGCGGCCUACAGCCAGUUCUUCCACUCCCUCUUCACCCAAAACAAGCAGCUGCAGCGCGUGGAGCUCUCCCUGGAGGCCCUCACCUCACAGGGCCUGCAGCAGAUCCUCAACUUCAUCUACACCUCCAAGCUCCUCGUCAACGCCUGCAAUGUGCAGGACGUGCUGAACGCGGCCGCCGUGCUGCAGAUGAACAACAUUGCCUCCUCCUGCCAGGACCUGCUGGACACCCGCUCGCUCAGCCUGGCCUCCGAGAUGGCCCUGCCUGCUGAGAGCUGCGCCGGGCCCCCACCUUACUACUGCGAGAUCAAGCAGGAGGUGGACGCCCCUCAUCCCAAGAUCUAUGCUCGGGAGGGCAAUGACCCCUACUCGGUGCGGGUGGAGGAUGGAGCGGGCGGUGGGGCGCUCCCCCCUGGUCCAGCCAAGCAGUACUACAAGGAGGAGAAAGGUGGUGGUCCGGAUGCUGUCUGCAAGAUAGAAGGGGAGGAGUCCGAGGAGGACCUGGACAGCCAGGGCUCGUACAACCGGGAGCAGAUCAUCGUGGAGGUGAACCUCAACAACCAGACCCUCAACGUCUCCAAGGGCAUGGAGGGGAAGGCAGUGGCCAGCGAGGCAGCUGUGAUGGGAAGGCCUGAUGGUGAUGGGCGUGACACGGAGGAGGAAGGGGAAGAGGAGAAUGAGGAAGGAGAAGAGGAGGAGGAAGAGGAGGAGGAUGCAGAGGUGGGUGAAGAGGAAGAGGAGGAGCACAGUGAAGAGGAAGACCUGGAGGAGACGACAGAAGAAGAGGAUGAUGAUGACGACGAUGAAGACAUGUCAGAAAUGAAAAGGGAAAAGGGCGGGCAGCCCCGCAGGGGUACUCGGGCAUCCAGAGCCACCAAACCGACCAUGGCAACCCGGUCCCAGGAGCUAGCCAAGGUAGAAGAGGAGGAGGAGGAGGAAGAGGAAGGCCAGCGAGGGAGGAAGAGGAAAAAAGAGCAGGAUGGUUUGGGCCAGAAGGUGAAGCUGGAGGAGAAGCAGCACUACCCCUGCAAGAAGUGCCCCCGGGUGUUCAACAACCGCUGGUACCUGGAGAAGCACAUGAACGUCACCCACAGCCGCAUGCAGAUCUGCGACAAGUGCGGCAAGCGCUUCCUGCUGGAGAGCGAGCUGCUGCUGCACCACCAGACCGACUGCGAGAAGAACAUCCAGUGCGUGACAUGUGGGAAGGGGUUCAAGAAGCUCUGGUCCCUCCAUGAGCACAACAAGAUCGUCCAUGGCUAUGCUGAGAAGAAGUUCUCCUGUGAGAUCUGUGAGAAGAAGUUCUACACCAUGGCCCACGUGCGCAAACACAUGGUUGCUCACACCAAGGACAUGCCAUUCACCUGCGAGACCUGUGGGAAGUCCUUCAAGCGCAGCAUGUCCCUCAAGGUCCAUUCCCUCCAGCACUCCGGGGAGAAGCCUUUUAAAUGUGAGAACUGCAAUGAGCGCUUCCAGUACAAGUACCAGCUGCGCUCCCACAUGAGCAUUCACAUCGGCCACAAGCAGUUCAUGUGCCAGUGGUGUGGCAAGGACUUCAACAUGAAGCAGUACUUUGAUGAGCACAUGAAGACACACACAGGAGAGAAGCCCUACAUCUGCGAGAUCUGCGGGAAGAGCUUCACCAGCCGCCCCAACAUGAAGCGGCACCGCCGGACCCACACGGGGGAGAAGCCCUACCCCUGUGACGUCUGCGGCCAGCGCUUCCGCUUCUCCAACAUGCUCAAGGCCCACAAGGAGAAGUGCUUCCGCGUCAGCAACCCCUUGGCUCUGGACACCGCCACCUCCCAGCCCGCUGCCAGCCCGGCCCCGCUGCCCCCGGCCCCCGGCGCCUCCCCGCUGCCCCUGCCGCUGCUUCAUCCCCUGCCACAGACCCUCCCUCCUCCUCCUCACCUACCGCCACCCCCUCCCCUGUUCCCAGCGGGGAGGAUAAAUUCAAACAACAACUAG